AGCGACUCAGCAGAGGCGAAAGGGGAACGUUUGUGGACACUUGACAGCUUUCAGAGACUGCUAUGACAUCUCGCAGGUGGUUCCACCCCAACAUCACCGGAAUUGAGGCAGAGCAGCUCCUGUUGACCCGGGGUGUCCACGGCAGUUUCCUGGCCCGGCCCAGCAAGAGCAAUCCAGGGGAUUUUACCCUCUCUGUCAGGCGCAAUGAUGAGGUGACCCACAUUAAAAUCCAGAACUCAGGUGACUACUACGACCUGUACGGGGGCGAGAAGUUUGCCACGCUGGCCGAGCUGAUUCAGUAUUACACCGAACAACAGGAUCUCCUGCGCGAGAGGAACGGCCAUGUCAUCGAGCUCAAGUACCCACUCAACUGCAAGGACCCCACCUCUGAGAGAUGGUACCAUGGGCACCUCUCUGGCAGAGAUGCAGAGAAACUGCUCACAGACAAAGGCAAAGCCGGGAGCUUCCUGGUACGGGAGAGCCAGAGUAAACCGGGCGACUUUGUCCUCUCGGUUCUCACCAAUGAGGAGAAACACGAGAACGUGGACCGCAAGACCAAGGUCACCCACGUUAUGAUACGCUACCAGCAGGACGGUAAAUACGACGUGGGUGGCGGUGAGAGGUUUGACACCCUGGCUGACCUGGUGGAUCACUACAAGAAGAACCCCAUGGUGGAGAAAAGUGGCAUUGUAGUGCACCUCAAACAGCCCUUUAAUGCGACGAGGAUAAAUGCAGCCAACAUUGAGAACCGGGUACGAGAGCUCAACAAAGUAGCAGACAACUCUGAGAAACCCAAACAAGGAUUCUGGGAAGAAUUUGAGGUACUUCAGCAGCAGGAGUGCAAGCUGCUGUAUCCCCGGAAAGAAGGCCAGAAGCCAGAAAACAAGAGUAAAAACAGAUACAAGAAUAUCCUCCCCUUCGACACAACACGGGUUGAACUCAGGGAAACAGAUCCAGAUAUUCCUGGUUCAGACUACGUCAACGCCAACUACAUCAGAAGUAUGCAUGAAGAGGGGCGCCACGUGGACGAGGGCAAAGUCUUCAUUGCCACCCAGGGCUGCCUACAGAAUACGGUCGUUGACUUCUGGAAGAUGUUGUAUCAGGAGAAUACACACGUCAUCGUCAUGACUACCAAGGAGAUGGAGCGAGGACGGAACAAAUGUGUCCGUUACUGGCCCGACCCCAACGGCACAAAGGAGUUUGGGAAAGUGCUCGUGAGGAACGUGGACGAGCGGCCAGCACAAGACUACAUCCUCAGGAAGCUGGAGGUGACCCGUCUGGACCGGAAGGAGCCUCUGAGGUACAUUUGGCACUAUCAGUACCUGACCUGGCCGGACCACGGGGUGCCCAAUGAGCCCGGCGGUGUCCUUUGGUUCCUAGAGGAGGUCAACCGGACCCAGAGUACCAUUCCAGACACUGGACCCAUCGUCGUCCACUGCAGUGCAGGCAUCGGCAGGACAGGCACCAUCAUCGUCAUUGACAUUCUUAUUGACAUCAUUAACCGCCAAGGUCUAGAUUGUGACAUCGACAUCCCGAAGACCAUCCAGAGGGUACGACAGCAGAGGUCAGGCAUGGUGCAGACGGAGGCCCAGUACAAGUUCAUCUACAUGGCUGUGCAGCAGUACAUAGACACGGCUCAGAAGAGACUGGAGGAGGAGCAGAGGAAUAAGAUGAAGGAGAGGGAAUAUUCCAAUAUCAAAUAUCCCCCGAUGACCAACUCAAGGUCCAAACCCAACAUGUCAUCCUCACGCUCUUCUUCUGUGCUGACAAAUGAUGACUCGUCGAGUGUGUACGAGAACAUAAACUUUAAAAGCCCUCAGACUUCUUUCAGCAGUAACACCAGGAGGUAAAACCAUCGCUGUUGACCUCCUCAUCUCUCUGUCUGCCUCCCUUUUCAGCGGAGGUGUCGCUUCAUCAGCGCCUGGAAAUCCCUUUGGGGGGAGGAGGGAGUGUGUUGCUCUGACUGCACCCCACAUCAGCAGACCCCUGCCUGGGCUUCAAGGUGUUGAGCUGACUCCCUCUCUCCUGCUGCCGUCCUGCUGGACCUCUCUCUGUCUGGAGUCAAACCUUACCCUCCAUAGAGAGGAUGACUCUGCAGCAUAGUGCUCUCGCUCAGGGCCCCUGUCCCUCCCCUUCUUCUCCACCAGCCUCUCCCUCUCUUAACCAGCGUUAAGUGCCUUGUCACAGGAUGUGUCUGUAAUCUAGCCUCCCUGAACCUGCUGUUAUAUCUACUGUUACUUACUUUCCAAAUCCUGGAAGUUGAUGCGAGAAACAACCAGUUUUUUCUUCAGAAUGACAGAACUUCACGGGACCUAGGAAGAGGUCAAAGCUAAGCUGUUUGUCCGCUCGUUGCCAGAAAUCACUUUGUUCGCCGUCCCUCUUUCUCGUGUCUUUACUGGCUUUUGAUUUGAACUCGAACCUAAGACUGUUUUUGUGGCAUUCUGUCUCUCCAGCUGUGGUUGGUUAUUAACGUGGCUGCUGAGUGAUAGCAAGGACAGUUACGAAACCUGCUCCAGGACCCUGAGGCACAGGGAAGGAGAGCAAACCCCUCUUCUUUAAAAAAAAAAUUGACAAAAUAAUUUCAGGUGUAAAAGUGGAUUCUUAAUUAGAUUUUUUGUUGCUCAAGAGUUGUAAUAUGCAAAUGCAAAUCAGCUGUUCUGUACUUUAACAGAACUAGAUGUCCUGUCAGCUGGUCCCACUUUGAGUACAAACUCAUUUAUGAACAUAUUUUUUUGUAUGUCCUUAAAAUCAGCUUCUUUUCAUUAUUUCUUGGUUUUUGUUGAUACUGUGUAACAUAUGAGAUGUUGAUUUUUUUUAAAUAUAUAUAUAUAUAUAUCUAUAUAUUUAUAAAGAAGCAUUACAGCGCAAGAGAUCAUGUUCAAGCACAAUUGUCGAAGCAGCAGCAUCCCCAGCAUUAAGUUUGAUUUACAAAUGGAUUGUAAUAGUUGACAGGAAACAGGUGGAGAGGAGAUUCCUGAAUGGGUGUACCGAGUCGAACUGGGCUGACCGCCAUCUCUCAGCUUCGUUUGACCGGCUGUCCUCGUUAAUCAGCGGGUCUGAUGCAGUUCAACAUCUGUCGGAGGAGAUCGUCACAAGGAGACAAGGGAAAAAGGGGCGAUUACAGUGGGCCAGAUGGCCAUCUGCCUGAGAUUGAAGAAUAGAUUUGUCUCCAAAAAGUAAUUUAGAAGAUGGCCAUAAUCCAGGCUUGAUGAUAGUGGGACGAGUAAGCCGACGUCAUUGAUGUGAUAACGAAGACGGUGGUGCCGUGGAGCACUGAGCCCUCUGCACUGUCUGGCAGAUUGUUUGCUAUUUUUAGCCUCCAGGAUCAAAAUAUCCUGCUCAAAUACAAAUGCAGAUGCAUUGAUGAAAUCUGACCCAGCUCGAUUCUAAAUGUAAUGACUUAAUGAUCCUAAAGUCUGGAAAAACAAAAAUCUCUCACAAGCGGAAGAUGUCAUAAUAAUGUUAAGUAGGGGUGGGCGAUAUCUUGAUUAUUUUUAUUUUAUUUAACGAUAAUCUAUGACAGAGUAUUAGGGCCACAUUUAGAGAAAAAAAUAUAUAAUUACCAGAAUAAAGUCGUAAAUAUUAUUAUUAUUAAUUACAAGUAUAAAGUCGAAAAUAUUUAAUUAAUUACAAGAAUAAUGUCAAAAAUAUUUAAUUAAUUACGAGAAUAAAGUACUACUUAAUUAAUUAUGAGAAUAAAGUCAAAAAUAUUUAAUUAAUUACGAGAAUAAAGUAGUAACUACUUAAUUAAUUAUGAGAAUAAAGUCGAAAAUAUUUAAUAACGAGUAUAAAGAUGAAAAUAUUUAAUUAAUUACAAAAAUGAAGUUGUACAUAUUUGAUAGGCUGUUCUAUAUUUACAACUUUAAUCUCGUAAUCAAUUUUUUUUUCUUCUAAAUGUUCUAAUGCUCUGUCGUAAUAAUCUGACGAUAUCCUUUAAAAUGUGAUUUCUUAUGAAAAAAAGCUGUUAAAAUUCUUCUUGCUUACCAGGAAAUCUAUGGAUUGACACAAUGUUUCAGAACAACAGCUCUUGUUUAUUUUCUUUAAACUUCAGCAUUCAAGAGAGUCCCAAUUAAACUUCACUGUAGAGACGUUAAAUGGGUAAACAUUCAGCUUCUCUCUUCUGAGGUGAAUUGUGCAGCAUACAAGCAUGAGCAAAUAAGUGGCACAUUAUUAUUUCUUAAUAUUAACAAAGUGACUUUUAAUGCACUUCUCAUCUACCGUCUAUGCGCCUCUCGUUUGUUUUCUUUUUGAGAUAUAAUAAGUACUCGAUAAUGUAAAAUUGCACAUUGUCAAAAGAAGAUAUUACCCACUUCUAGUGUUCAGUCAUCAAUUUUUUUUCUUCCAAUUUAAAGCAAAAGAAAUAAAAAGGGCGGUAAACUGUUGGUGGUGUUGGUGCUCAGACCAUUCCUCUUCGUCCACCAACAGAAACCAGGUCCAGGACUCUCACAGACUGCCCUCGCCCUGUUUUCUUCCAUCAUAAAUUGGCCAGUUUCUGUUUCAGAAGCAUGUGAUGGUUAAGAAUCGUGAUUUUUAAAAAGUGUAAUCAAAAUGUGCUGGAGUAAUAGUACUCAGUCAUUGCACUGUGUAAUAAACUGUAAUUUGAUACUGUUGACCUUGUGGGGGAUGUUAUAAUAAAGUAGUAGUGUAACCUGUCUUUUAAAGGCUUAUGAGAGCACAGAGUUAUUUUAUGAAGGUCUCAGUUGAAGCUUUGUCUGUGUAGUGAUUCAGCGUGGAGAGUUUUCCCGGUAUAAAUUGUUGCCAAUGUAUUUUAAUGGUUGAUUCCUUAUGUGAAUAAAAGUUUUAUGAAAUGUGUUGAAAGGCGUUGAUGCCCUGUGUCAGUGAAGGCCUAUGUCUGUCUAGAAAUAUGCUGCACCACUUGAUGUACUUCAGUUGAAUUUUGGAUAAUGAAGAUGUUUGGAUUCUUCUGGGUUUUUUUCCCUUUUGUCCUUUUCCCAUCUGAACUGUGAUCUCUAUCCGAUGAAUGAUGACAAAUGACUUGUGUGUGUUUCUGUGUUUCUGAACUAUGUUGCGCUGUGGAUAAUUUUUUGAUUUUUAUUGUAUUUCACUUUGCCUCUAUGGGUCAAUUUUUUUAUGAUAUGGUGAAACAUCAAUACUUGAAAGUGUGAAACUGCUGAAUCUUUGGCCUCAGGCUACGUGUGGAUGUCCAUUGGCUGUGGUAUUUUUGGUAGUGCACUAGACUUUUCAGUGUUGUUUUUUUUCUUUGUUGUUUCAUUUCAAAUUGUAUUUCUAAUUGAUGGUUUUAUCCACUCUUGCAUUUUGUAUUGUGUCUGAAUUAUUAUUAUUAUUAUUAUUAUUAUUAUUGGUGUAAUUUCACCAUCGAAAAGUACAUUUUGAAGUUGAACCAGCAUACAUACAGAUAUGCAA